UUUGCUAGAAUUUUGAUAUACUCAACAUAUUGCGUUGUGGAUUCCAAGUGUGGAAAGAUUGGUUCAAGGGCUGCAACUAAUGAUCAUUUUCAUUAUCAAUUAAUCUGCUGAUUAUGUUCUUGAUUAAUAGUUUGGUCUAUAACAUUUCUUUAAAUUGUUGGUCUUGUCAGACCAAAAGUGUAAAACACAAAGAUAUUCAGACUUCCUAUUCCAGAAAAAAGAAAGUAGAACAUGAGAAUAUUUUUAGAUUUCUCCUUGGAAAAAUUAAGAUUUUGAACAAUCAAUUAACAAAAUAGUUACCAAUUAAACUUUUUCUUGAUUGACAAAUUGUUGCAGCUCUGUUUCUGACUCUAAAAGGGGGAUAACCUGUUCUCCUCUGUCAGUUUGUUAUAAUUGUGGGGCAAAGUGUUUUCAUUACUAUAUUAUUCUUAAAGGCCCGAGACAGGCUCUUACAUUGAAAGGGCUACUGGCUCUGUAAUGACCAGAGAGUAUUGAAAAACAAUUUUAAGAGCCACUUUACUAUAGAGGGACACAAUUUAAUUGAUAGUUGUAACACACUCCGCCUCACAAAUGUUUUAAAAGAGCUCUAAAACAAUUAGUCAGAAAGAAAAAAUGCACAUCACCUAACAUGUGUCGACCAUAAAGUGAACAAUGAAUGCCAGACAAGGCAAUGUGUCCUAUUUCUAAGGAUACAGGUAUCCUCCAGUCAGUGCAAGGUUAACUUUGGUUUGUUUGCCUGAUACAGCCACCCUUAUUUUGCCACAACAUGUGAGUUAUUGUUGGACAACUGUGAUCCCUUAUUAUUCAGAGCUGAUAAUACGGGCAAAUCUGGCUACCUUAAGGGUAACUAAGGCCUGUCGGUGAGAGGUGUGGCUGGUGAUUGAAAGAGUCGUAUAUCAGGUCAAGGGCUGAAUAUCAUGUAGAUUGUGGAGAUAUUAUGUGUAGUGAUACAUAGCUAUAUAUAUAUAUAUAUAUAUGUGUGUGUGUGUGUGUGUCUGGUUCUUAUGUGUAGCAGCAGCUACAAUGAAGACUGCAGUGAAUGUAGAUCAGUGUUUUCUCAUACGCAGUUAUGGCACAGCAAUGUUAAAGCUUUUGGGAAUGGCAGUUUGUAGCAUGUCCUCAGUCGAACUGCUGACCCAGUUUCACGCUGGUCUGAUGCACACCAGGUACUAAGACACCUGAGCAGCCAGACCACAGUGAACACCGUUGCUAUCUGAGACUUGCUGCUCACUGUGCUCUCUGUAUGUAAACACAGUGAGUCAGUUAUUGGGGGUAUUGUCAACUGAGAAAACCACAAUUUACUCAUUUAGAACAGUUUUAUCAGAGCUUUUCUCAAAGAAUACCGUAUGAGCAAAGUAAUACAUUCUGUAGUUAGUGCAGCCAAACCUACAUUUAUACUCCACAUAGUUUUUAUUAAUUGAUAUUUGCAUAGCCACAUAUUGUAUAAAGCCAUAUAUAAUAAUUUUUUGGAAAGUUGGGAGCUACUUGUUACUUGUUUUAUUUAACUACAGUAGCUUGAUAUUAACAUUUCCCCCACUGUAAUUAAUUUUUAAGCUCUGUUCUGGAGCAAAAAUAAGUUCUAAACGUAUAAUGUUGAUGUGUUUAGUGGUUAAAAAUACUAGUUUAUUUUUGUUUUUGUAAUCUAUCUUGCAGUUUUCUUAAUGAGUUGCAGCUCGAAUGAGUUUGCCCCUAUCUUUACCCUGUUAUUCCCCACUGCUUCAACAACCUGUCCAAACUGGUAAAGUCUGCUCAGUGAGCAAGAAGCAGCACAUUAGAAUGUCAGAAGAAGAUGUCAAGGGCUGAAUACCAUGUAGAUUGUGGAUAUAUUAUCUGUAGUGAUACAUAAUAUCUCCACUACAUGCAUAGCAAUAUAUAUCGCUAUAUAUCACUAUUGUGUCAGCCAUUUAUAAUAAUUUGUUCCUUGAAACCUACGAUGUACAACAUGUAACUUCUAAUUUGUUCUGCACAGAACUAACAAUGCUGUGCUAUAAAAUGGAAAUCAUAUUACUUUUGUCCCACUCUUUUCUUCUAUUGUGCUUUGUUUCAUUAUGUUUGUAAACAUUUAUUCUUAUUGGUCACAAAGUUAAAACAUACAGUCCACACAUGCACAUAUAUUCCACACAAACUUAGUGUCUGCUUCACAAAUUCAGUUAUUAUUUAGUUUUAUAGUUUGGCUGAAUGUUUCGAGGACUUGGCAUAAAAUCAAACACACCUGGGUGUGACUGACUCAAAUCUGCCUUGUCAUGAUCCAGGUAGAUUUAGUGAAAAUCUGAAGGGUGUGUCCGCACUGUGAACAUGUUUUUAUGCAUGUGUAUGUCACUGCUGCUCUGACACGCAGAGGAACAAGCAGGAAAUCCAGGAAACUUGAGCGUGUUGAGAAAUGUUUUGUUUUGCUGUUCAAUGUAUUAGUAUUGUUCUUCAAUAGACGCUGAUCAUGUUUGUGAUCCACAAUUUGAUCUUUCACUUACUGCCAUUAUUAUUAUUCCACUUUGGCUGCUUGUUGAGCAGGUUACACUGAGAAAGUGAGUGAAGGCAACUCCAGGCGAUAAUUUAACGACAGUGUUGUCAUUCCUGGAGACACUCAGACACUCACAGAGAAAAACAUAUCCAGAAUCAGACGCAUGCUAAUCUAAAUAAGCUAGAUACAAAAUACUUUCUACGGUUUCCUUUCUGCUAUCACAAGCUGGCAUGGAGAUGUUUGUGUAGCAGACCUGGUCUCACUUCCAGAGACUGCCUGAAUAGAGGGUAUGCACAUGACCGUAUGCAGAAGUUGCCAUGGUGACCCCCCUUGAAUGAAUGGCCAUCAUGAAUUCACAUGGAAAACACUGAUCAAAUGGUAAGGAGCUGUUGUGCAACUGUACAAAUUGAUUCAGCAAGAAGUUUUUACCGAAGGCUGAAGAGAAUAGAAGCACACUUUCCAAACCGAACACACUGUCAUCUAAAAGAAAAAGUACACAUAAAAUGCUCCCAACCUAUUCUGAUGUUGAGAUUUGUCUACAGACAACCAAUAUAUCCACUGAAGUGUGAUUUUGAUCAGGCUAUAGGAAGGACAGCAGAGUAAUUAAUAUAGUAAAGAGACACAAACUCCAAGUGAAAGUAAAGAGUAAAAUACAGUUAGCCCAGUAGUAAUUCAGUUCACUUCAUGAUCAACUUUUCUACGAUGGUUCAGUGGUAGUGAGGGGGCUGCCAAUGUGAUGCUAGCAACUCGUUAGCUAAACUCAUUACGGCUGCUGAUUGACAGCCAUCCUGUCUCCUGUGUCCCGCCACUACUGUAACCACACCAUACUGACGGGUGUAAUGGCAUAAUAGGGCUUAUCUUUCAAUGUUUCUUUUGGGCACAUUAUUUUGAUGGUGCUGCUUUCAAUGUGUAAAUCUCAUUAGCUUUAUUAUUGGCCUAUUACACACCAUACUGUAUGACAUAAAUAUAAAUCGUGUUGUGUCAUAUGACCUACGCACCACCAUAAAUUCAAUCUGUUUUUGGCCACAUGAGUGAUUGAUAGCCAAUCACAAGGUUUCCUGGUAGUUUGUCAUGUUGGUUAAAAUAAAUAGACAGCUGCAGCAGUGAAGUGUCCUCUGAUGAAUCAUGUCUUUAUCCUGGCUGUCUCUUACUAAUACAGUUUAUACUGAAACUGGUUUGGAUUCACACUAAUGCCCUGAAAUAGGCCAGCCUGACGCACAAUAGACUGCCAUUAAUAAAUCGGACUGUCAACAUCCAUGCAGAGGAAAUCAGAUGAGCGUUGACUCUGUUACACGAGGUGUCAUAUAACCGGUGUCAUGUCACUGUCAAAGCUCGUUCUCAUCUUCUUGGGUUUUCCGUAGGCAGGCGGAUAAUAUGUCACAGCUUACUUUAUCACUGUUGUAACAUUCUCUGUUUCUUUGCAAACCAAAAACUAUUUCUGCACUAUUUUGUUCCUUUACUUGUACUUUUUCAGUUUCCACUUGCUGUCCUGCACAUUUUCACAGGCUAUGGUGGUUUUAUUUUGUGCUAUGCAACCCGCUCCUCAGUUUGUUACAGAAUUAUGUUGAAAGUCAUUUCCUUUUGAUUUCCUGUAAUUCAAUAGUAGUGAGUAAAAAUAUUGUUGGGGGCACAGAGAAGUAGAAACAUUAGACGCAUACCCGCAGCAGGAAGUAAAGUCUUGAGAGAGUGGCCUGAGGCAGAUGUAACAGUUUACCAAAGCUUCAGUCAAAGAUGCAACAUAGAGGGGCCAGCAUGCCGUUGUUUUCUCCAAAGGAGUGAACGGGAGUGAGGCGUCUGGAACAGACUCACUCGCCUCAUACUAUCUCACUCUUGUAAGAUAUUAAUCUAGCUGGAACUCGGGAGGUGCCGUGAACUAGCAGCUAAGCUAAGGUUAUAAAGCAUGUCAACAGUGGAGGCUCUGUCUUUUAAGUUUUAUUGUAAUUUUGUUUUCCGUAUAGGCUUUAAACUCCUUAAAGGGGCUAACGUCUGGGAUUGCUCUUGUUUCAAAGGUCGUAUGUUUGGAUCAUGUCUCCAAACAGAACCACUGACCCCCUCUGACUAAAAGCUGAGAUCAGCCUGGAGAGGAAUCAAGUUUGAUCAUGCAGCUCUCACCAGCGCUGCAGGGAUUAGAGAGUUAACCGAAUGGCACGUCGGCUGCGCUUACAAUUUGCGUCAAGGAGAAGCAACACAGACCCUCUGUCAGAAAGCCUCAGCAGCCAUGGUGAGGAGAGUGGAGUCAGUGUGUCAGCUCGUAGCCCCACAGAGAGUCUGGCGCACAGCUCUGUCCACUUUAAGGUGACUCCACUGUCACCAGACUAUGCUAAUUUACAGCGGUACUCUUCAGUAUUCAUACCCAGGGUUAACACUGGAGGAUUUAAUAAGAAGAGCAUUCUACAGAUCUUGCUGCAGCCCUGUGGAAAGCUUAGUGGAGAGCUAGAUGGCAGUAUAGAGGAUGGAGACCCAGGAGCCAGUGAAGGAGGAGCAGGCAGUGUCUCUGACAGAGGCUUGUGCAGCAGCAGCAUGGCCAGCGAUGCCGGGUACUGUAGCAGCAACAGCAUCUUUGAGCCAGAGGCUUCAGAAAAGCACAGGACCACCCAGGAGAGGAGUCUACUCCGCUGCAAGUCAAAGGUCCCUUUGAGACGGUGCUCCUCCUUGGUUAUAUUUCCAAAGAGCCCCUGCAACACCCCACCUGCUUCUCCAGUCAGUCCAAUGGCUUUAUCUGCUCUCCCACCAGUAAGGGGGUCUCAUCAGUCAUCUCUACAGACGUCUGCCAGUGAAUUGUCACAAGAUGAUGAGGAAGUGAAUUGCAAAGAGUCCAUUACCACAGCAGUAAGCGGCCAUCGUCUCCCUAAAGGAAGCUGUUCAGCUGAGUUAAGGGACACCAAACACAUGGUGCAAUUUAAAAUUCCUUUACAGGAAGAACCAAAAGGCAAAAUGGAGGACAGGAGUAAAAUAAGGGGACUGCCGUUAACUUUAGACAGAUCGAAUCGUCACUCCAGCAGCGUGCUGCUGCACUUUGCUCACCAGAGACCAAUAAUGUCCUGCAAGGGAGCUACAACCACGGCUACAGUUGAUGUGGAUAAUCCUGAGGCUCCUAACCCAAUCGCACACCCCGAUGGUGAACACAACCCUCGAAAAAAACUGUACCGUAGUACUUCUGCCUGUUUGCUCUCCUCAACUAAACCAACAGAGAAAAAGGUCUGUUCAUCAGGAAAAGGACAGGAAGGGUCUGAGGAAAACAAUUGUCAUCGAGCCAUACAAAGGAGCUUUUCCCUGGAGGUGCCAUACGCUAACACUGGAAUUUCAUGUUACGUUUCAAAUCCCAAACUCAGUAGUCCUCACUCUCCACAUGUGCACAUUCAUUUGUCUCCUUGCUGCCCAGCUAAGUUGCCUAGCUCUUUUACUGAUGUAAACACAAGCCACGAAGGGAUUAACAUGCAAAAGAGUCCGGUUCAAAACACCAAGGUGAGUGUUAAGUUUCUUCAUUGAAACUAGCUGAUGCUCGUUACGUCCACGUUAUUACAAAAGGCCCUAUGGUGUAGCACUGUGGAGUCACCUUUAAUGUUGUUUAACUGGUUCAAGCAGAUUCCAGCCUGCUUUGGUUUGACAGCUCAGGUGACGCCUCUCGAACUUCUUCUUCAAAUUAAAGCUGGAAUAUCAUAAAUACUUCCCGUAACAAAUAAAAUGGUUAAUUUUGUGCUUAUAGUUGCUGAUGGAAAGUUAAACCUUUAAAAAAUAACUUCUGACACUAAAUAAAUUUCAGGAUUUAAAUGCUGUGAUGGUGGUCCUCUCCUUCAACACUACCACCAUUAAUAUCCUUAAAACUCGGUUUACUGAGUGAGCCAUUAGGCUCACCACAAGCUAGAGCGACAUUCAGUAACUGAGAAGAUCACUACAGCUCAAGUCAUGCAAUUAAGAAGCCCAAUGUGGACAAACAUUCAGAGGUAUUCGGUUACAUUACAGGAAAUCCAUUUUCAUAUCGGUUUCCAAAAAUGCGGGAAUGAGAAAAAAAGUCUUGUGAGUCUGUGUCCAUUUGUUGGCGAGUAUGAAGACAUUCAACUUUAGAAUAGCUCUCCAUUUGUACUAUUCUGUAAUCGACUUUAAGCAUUUACCCGGGCUAAUUUUAGUGGUGGGAAAAGCAGUGCCCCUUGCUGAUAUAAAUAAAGUGCUUCUGAAAUAUUCCCCUUGACUCCAGAUAGUCUGGUGGUCUGUAGCACUGCCCAGUCCCGUGGAUUCAAAUUUAACAGCAUGAUACUAGAGCAGCGCACAGUCAUGCCAGCUGUGUGUGUGUGUGUGUGUGUGGUGGGGAGGGAGCGUUCCCUUCCCUAUGGGUCCUCCAGUGUUUGUGAUGUAUCAGGUGUCAGCCCCCCUCCUUCAUUUAGCAGGUUGUCAAGUAAGAAGGUGUACUCCUUACCUAAUUACGGCCAUUUCAUUUUAAAGACCUAAAUUUGCUUUUGUGAAUCUAGUUUUUAUUAUCUUAAUUUAAAUGCCUGUGAAAUACCAGCAUCAAGUGUAUUAUUUUCACUUAAACUUUGAUGUCCAAAGUCCUUGGUGAAUAUUUAGUCACAUGGCACAUCACACGUCUCCCUGUUAAGUCUGCAUCAAAUACUACACAUCUUUUGUUUACAUUCUGACUGUCUGCUCGCAACUGAGCAACAACAAUGUGCUUCAGAAUCAAUAAGUUUAUCUUAACUCAAAUAUUGGGGAAGUAAAAAAAACUAAAAUAUAUGUUGUUAAGUUAAUUUUCUUUUUUUACUGCAGCAGAUACAAUUGCCUACAAUCAGUCCAACAGCAAUGUUUAAUAUACUACAAACAAUCAAAUGGUAAAAUAUACAGUUAUUACAAAUCUAAAUAAUGCUAAAUCUAAAUCUCCCCUUCCCCUAGACUCAACAGUGGCAGAGACAAACGACUGUGGCGGGUUUGAGAUAUUUAUUUUCAAAAGGAAAGAUAAAUCUGUUUUAAAUAUAUAGUUGUAGCAGGAUGUGGUGUUUUUUUAUAUCCCACAAUGGAAUUUGUUAUGGAAACUUCAGGUCUUCUUUUCUUAUCUACAGUGCCCUCAUAACCGUUAAUGAACAACCAGUAGUGACCACAUAACAAGGAAGAGGAAAAACGUGACUCGUAACAAAGAACCAAAAUGUAGGAUGAACGACACACAUUUAACUUAAAAUGUCUGAGGUAUCAAGUCGAAGAUGAGCUACAUGUCAUUACGGACCGUCCAGAUUUGUUUUCUCAGCUAGUUUUGUGCAGCUGCAACGGUGUUUGUGGUGGGUUGCGGUUGGUUGCAUUCAAGCUGGAACUCUUUCAGAUUCCUUCACAAGUGAUAACAUGUGGUUUAAAAAAGUCACUUGUCCGUAAUGAAAAGACCCUGGCAAUAACCAGCUUAACUCUUGGACAUUAAAAACUGGAAUAUAGCAUCAGACAAGAAAAAUAUGACCCCUUUCUUCCUUUUUAUUGUUAAAACAUUGUUUGGGUUAUACACUCUCGAUCAGCAUAACAAAUGAGCAGUGCAGGCCAUCAGACUUGGUGCUGCUGCCUCCUGCUGUGACAGCAAACGCUUUCAGGUGUGGAAAACGAGGGCUUCCUCAUUUCUCAGCGUGGACUUAACUUUGUCGAGAUAAUCAAGCCGAGUCUCUGCAGCUCUGGCAGACUCAUGAGUGGUUUUGCCAAAAUAGAACUUGUUUCAAACCUAUUUUAUGAAAUUUGUUUCUCAGAUGUGGACACAAGUUCCUGAUCAGGGUGGCUUAUCAUCAGACACUGCUCCAAUAACAUUAGCUGGGUCGCUCUUCAGAAGUUUAGGUUUCACAUGCUGCUGUCCACCUGUUAAAAGCAGUUUGUCGUAGCCCAGCUGAGAUGGGUAUCACUGAGCUUGCUCCACAGAUGCAUUUAUCUAUGGCUAUCUUUUUAUCUUGGGUAGUCUUGUCAUGUGUCCAAAGCAAACGCUUCCUCUUUGUUAAGCUUGGCCUCAAUCCACUCUACAUCCACUAACUUUCCAAGGAAAGAUACGGUUUCACUUGUUUGUUACUGAUAUAGAAAUGACCUCCUUGGCUUGUGAAGCCAGCAGGGACAGCCAUCGCUAUUAGCCUGAAUUGUUUAUGCAUCGCUGUUUAUGGCAUACUUAGUUUUAAUUUGACCGGGGGAUCAGUUGUCCAAUUAGGCUGUAAUUGUUUGUAUAUUGUUAAGUUUAUCGUCAUCUGAGCAGGCUGUUCCAAGCUCUGAAGGGCAGAUUGUAUUGAUAAACAUUGUUGUUAACAUUUCUAAGCGGUACAUAAGUAAUGAGUGACAUUACAUGGCCUUAAAAUGUAUUUUCAAAGUGAGAGUUUAGAUGAAGAUAGAUCGGUCGUAUCAGUGAUGACCGCUGAUGUGAAUGUGACACCUGAAAUGUUGUCCUGCCUAGAUGUUGUACUUGAUUUAUUGACUUGAAUAAGGUUAUGAGAAACAUUGCCAUAAUUCAAGAUUAUAACAGUUAGAGACAAGACACUGAAGUUUAGAAAUGUCCUUCAACUUUAUGUGAAGUCCAAUGCCUCAGGCAGUCGACACAAGGCUUUUUCAAUUAUUUACAGUUAAAGGGAGGAAAACAGUGAAUCGCAAUGCUUUAAAUUAACUACUGUGUAUUCUGUAGACACGCAUACAUUCAUGUAAAUCUCCAGUACACUGACUGUCUGUAAACGAUACCAAAGGAAACACAAAUUAAACUUUUUUUGAAUGCCCUGUGGACCAUAUAUAACCAACAUUGUCCCUCUUUAAUAAACAUCCGUAUUUUAGAAGAGCGCCCUGUCAGGGAAACACUGUGCAAAGCUCUUCUCAAAAUGCACCAUUAAAAACCAUUCACAUGAAACCCAGAAUGGGUCAGGAAAAAAAUAUAUCAAUAACAAAUCAUUCCAAGACCAUCAGUGAAAAUUGCUCACCAAACUAGUUGCCUGAAUCUUUUAACCUCGGCUUCUCUUGGCUCCACUAUUAGACAUGCAAGGACAGGACGAAGGAGGCCUCCAUCUAUAUCUGUUCACGUAAACACUCUAUACUGCUGUUGGACCGUUUGACUUGACGCGGGUGAUAAUUUAGUCACAAAGCUGGCUCCCUCAGUGCAGCGUGUGUUUGCCUUUGAGACUGUAAAGGCAGCAAUGAAGGCAUUCAGUGAAUGUGUGAAGUGUUCAGAGAAAAGAAAAGUGUAUCUAACAAAUGCUACAUUAUUUUGGUCCCAGUCUCUCUGGAAAUAACAGUUAGCCAUUCAUUGUGGACUGAUAAACACAUUCCUAUGUAGGCUACAUAAUUAAUAUAUAUAGAAAUGGAUAAAGUAGUA